CACCGGGGCGGCAAUGGCGGCGGCGGCGCCUGCGCGCGGCGCCCUCCGUGCGGACCGCGCAGAGUGAAUAAUAAAGGUCUCCUCGGCGGCGGCGGCGGCGGAAGGCGGGAGGCAUGUCCAAGGGCCCGGUGGCGGGCGGCCCUGCCGCGGCCGGGCCGGCGAGCGCCGCCAGCGCGCUGCAGGCGCAGCCCGAGAAGCCGCAGCACUACACGUACCUGAAGGAGUUCCGCACGGAGCAGUGCCCGCUCUUCGUGCAGCACAAGUGCACCCAGCACCGGCCCUACACCUGCUUCCACUGGCACUUUGUCAACCAGCGCCGGCGCAGGUCCAUCCGCCGCCGCGACGGCACCUUCAACUACAGCCCCGACAUCUACUGCACCAAGUAUGACGAGACCACGGGAAUCUGCCCCGAGGGAGACGAGUGUCCCUUCUUGCAUAGAACUACUGGAGACACAGAGAGGAGGUAUCACUUGCGCUACUACAAAACUGGAAUCUGCAUCCAUGAGACAGACUCCAAGGGAAACUGCACCAAGAACGGAGUCCACUGCGCCUUUGCUCAUGGGCCCCAUGACCUGCGCUCACCCGUGUAUGACAUCAGAGAGCUUCAGGCGAUGGAAGCUUUACAGAAUGGUCAGACAACAUCUGAAGGAGGCAUCGAGGGUCAGUCUGCAGUUGCUGCCAGCCAUGCCAUGAUAGAGAAAAUACUCAGUGAGGAGCCAAGGUGGCAAGAUACAACAUAUGUGCUGGGAAAUUACAAGACAGAGCAGUGUAAGAAGCCCCCCCGGCUGUGUCGCCAGGGCUAUGCCUGUCCCUACUACCACAAUAGCAAAGACAGAAGACGAAGUCCAAGGAAACACAAAUACAGAUCUUCGCCGUGUCCCAGUGUGAAGCACGGGGACGAGUGGGGAGAUCCCAGUAAGUGUGAAAAUGGAGACUCCUGCCAGUACUGCCACACUCGCACAGAGCAGCAGUUCCACCCAGAGAUCUACAAAUCCACCAAAUGCAAUGAUAUGCAGCAGUCUGGCAGCUGUCCCCGAGGACCCUUCUGUGCCUUUGCACACGUAGAACAGCCGGCGCUCAGCGAAGAUUUGCAGCAAUCCUCGGCCGUGUCCAGCCCCACGCAGACAGCCCCUGUGAUGUACAUGCCCUCAGCUGCUGGGGACUCUGUUCCAGUCAGCCCUUCCAGUCCACACGCCCCAGACCUUAGCAAUGUGUGGAAUAAAUCAGGAACUCUGCCAACUAGCCCCACCUCCACCACAAUUCUUUGUAGGAACAGCAGUCUUGGAAGCCCAUCUAAUAUAUGUGGGUCUCCUCCUGGUGCCAUUGGGAAGCCCCACAGCUUGGAGAGCAUUGGUUUUCCUCCAGACUCAGUCACAGCAGCUGGCAGCUACAAGAAAGCACCGGGGUUUGAGCGAGAAGAUCAGGUUGGGGCCGAGUAUUUGAAGAGUUUCAAAUGCCAGCAAGCAAAAAUGAAGUCCCAUUCCCUGGAACACAGGAGCCAGGAACAACCUUUGCUACAGCCCAAACAGGACAUCCUGGGCAUUCUCCCCGUGGGGAGCCCACUGACAUCCAGCAUCUCCUCUAGUAUCACCUCCAGUCUGGCUGCAACCCCCCCGAGCCCCGCCGGCACCAGCAGCAUUCCAGGCAUGAAUGCCAAUGCCCUUCCCUUCUAUCCAACCAGUGACACCGUUGAGUCUGUCAUAGAGUCUGCCUUGGAUGACCUGGACCUGAAUGAAUUCGGAGUGGCUGCCCUGGAGAAGACAUUUGACAGCAGCACAGUGCCCCACACGAGUGGCAUCAUGAUAGGUGGGAGUUUGCUGCAAAGUUCUGCUCCUGUAAAUAUCCCCGGGUCCCUUGGAAGCUCUGCCUCCUUUCACUCUGCCUCUCCUUCUCCACCGGUCAGCCUCUCAUCGCAUUUCCUCCAUCAGCCCCAGGGACACUUAAGCCAGUCAGAAAACACAUUCCUGGGGACAUCAGCUUCUCAUGGAUCAUUAGGUUUAAAUGGGAUGAACAGCAGCAUAUGGGAACACUUUGCUUCGGGGAGUUUUUCGCCCAGUACCUCACCUGCAUUUCUGUCAGGUCCAGGUGCUGCGGAGAUGGCACGGCUACGGCAAGAACUGGAUGAGGCCAACAGCACAAUAAAGCAGUGGGAAGAGUCUUGGAAACAAGCCAAGCAGGCUUGUGAUGCUUGGAAAAAGGAGGCAGAGGAAGCAAAUGAUCGCGCCAACACAGCUAACAUGGAAUGUGAACUGGCCCGGGAGCAGAGGGAAGCCUUGGAGCUGCAAGUGAAGAAACUGCAGGAGGAGCUGGAGAGGAUCCACACCGGGCAGGACCCGCAGUUCCUGCGCUCCUUCUCUGACCUGGAGACGCUCUCGCUCUCGUCGCUCUACACCCUGCAGAAACAGCUGCGGGCCAACCUGGAGAAAGUGGACAAGGCGGUAUUUCAGAUGCAGUCAGUGAAAUGCCUUAAGUGUCAGGCGGAGAACCGGGUGGUGCUGCCGUGCCAACACGCGGUGCUGUGCGAGACGUGCGCUGAGAAGGGCGAGUGCCCCAUCUGCCACCCCAACAGGCCCCACUCUCUGCAGUCGUGACCUUCCGAGGACACUCGUUCCCAUCAUAUCCUAUAGAACUUUUUAACUUUAUACAUACGUACAUAUAUAUGUAUGUGUAUAUAUAUAUAUGUAUAUAUGUGUGUGGAUGGGCGUGGCUGUGCACGUGUAGGGACGUGCACACACACGCACAUGCACACAUGAAAACAGAAAAUUAGUUGCAGAGCACUUUUUAAUAUUUUACAUCCCGUAUCUAAACUGCCCCUCACCCGUGCCCCACUAAUUCUAACUCUUGAUGAACUUUGAGAGCUGUUUUUAAUACAGAUCAAAGGGCCAUUUGCAAA